AUGAAUUUACAGGACACACCCAUCAACUUCGGGGACACGCCCAUCAACUUCGGGGACACGCCCAUCAACUUCAGGACACACCCAUCAACUUCAGGACACACCCAUCAACUUCGGGGACACGCCCAUCAACUUCAGGACACACCCAUCAACUUCAGGACACACCCAUCAACUUCAGGGACACACCCAUCAACUUCGGGGACACGCCCAUCAACUUCGGGGACACGCCCAUCAACUUCAGGACACACCCAUCAACUUCAGGACACACCCAUCAACUUCGGGGACACGCCCAUCAACUUUGGGACACAAUCAAGAAGAGGAGGAGGAGGUCUGCUGGACGGAGAAAGAGGGUCUGUGGCUGAAUGUUGUCGUGAAAGAGGAGAAUCAAGAGGAGGUUGUUACAGUAAAACAAGAAGUAGAGGAAGAGGCUGUUACAGUGAAAGAAGAGGAAGACGUUUCAGUGAAAGAAGAGGAAGACCCGAUCAGAGUGAAAGAAGAAGAAGAGGAGGAUGUGACUGUAAAAGAAGAGGAGGAAAAGAAAGAGGAGGAUGCGGGUUUUGGAGUGAAAGAGGAGAUGACUGUCAUAUUGAAAAGGAGGAAGAAGAGGAGGAGGAGACAGGAGACCUGAUUAACACCAGAGAGAGACGUGACUAUCUUGGGUCCUCCGGGGAGCCUCAACAACAACAUGAUGCUGACGAGGUUGAGAAGAGUCUCUCCACGUCAGAACACAUCAAGAAACACCCGCAGAGAUUAAUCCAUUCAACAGAACUUAAAAGACAUCAGAGAAUCAACGCAGGAGAAAAAUCUCAUAGCUGUGAUCAAUGUGGGAAGAGUUUUGCUAAGGCGGGAGGCCUGGCAACACACCACAGAAUACACACGGGAGAAAAACCGUACCACUGCUCUGACUGUGGAAUGAGCUUUGCUACCUCAAGCCAGCUGAUAAGACAUCAGAAAACACACACAGGAGAAAAGCCUUAUUGCUGUGAUCAGUGUGGGAAGAGAUUCAUUCAAUCAGCGAACCUGACCGUACACAAGAGAAUACACACCGGAGAGAAACCGUACCACUGCUCCGACUGCGCGAAGAGCUUUUCUACUUCAAGCGGAUUGAUAACACACCAGCGAACACACACAGGAGAGAAGCCUUACCACUGCUCUGACUGUGGAAAGAGCUGUACCACCUCGAGUGCACUGAUAUCACACCAGCGUACACACACAGGAGAGAAGCAUUACCACUGCUCUGAUUGCGGGAAGAGUUUUGCUACUUUAAGCAACCUGACACAACACCAGCGAACACACACAGUAGGAAAGCCUCAUAGCUGUGAUCAAUGUGAGAAGAGAUACUCCCAUCUAAUGUCUCUGAUUAAACAUCAGAAAAUACAUGAAGAAGAUCCAGACCUAGGUAGAAGAACACAGAGUGUGGAAUGAUCUCCAACACCAGACCUGGGUAGAAGAACACAGAGUGUGGAAUGAUCUCCAACACCAGACCUGGGUAGUAGAACACAGAGUGUAGAAUGAUCUCCAACACCAGACCUGGGUAGUAGAACACAGAGUGUAGAAUGACCUGGGUAGUAGAACACAGAGUGUGGAAUGAUCUCCAACACCAGACCUGGGUAGUAGAACACAGAGUGUAGAAUGAUCUCCAACACCAGACCUGGGUAGUAGAACACAGAGUGUGGAAUGAUCUCCAACACCAGACCUGGGUAGUAGAACACAGAGUGUAGAAUGAC